UUUGUUUUUUUUGUUUUUUGGGAGGGAAGAAGCCGUCUUUUCUUUAAGCGCAGACUUGCGGACUAACAUGAGAAGAGAGAGCUGCUGAGGAGGAUUGACUUUCAGUGAACCUCUGCUCUGUGGUAAAAGUCUGUGGCUAAUAGGCAGGAAAAAGGCGACAGGGAAGACAUGUUGAGGGUUUUUUCUUCUUGAGGUUGCGGUAGGGUAUUGAUGUUGUGCUCUUAAAACACACGGCUCUCCUACAGGGGAAAAAGAGGGGGGAGCAAAUGGAAACUAGGCGGUAGGCUAAGCUCAGGAGCCAUUGUUUUGAUCGGUGUUUGUUUAAUUGGUUUGUUAUGAUCUGAAAUAACGUAGGCCUCUUAGGCAGCCCCGCAGUAAAUAAAUACACGGUCAGCAGACAGGGGCUUCAUAGCUGCAAAUUAUCCUGACAAAACUGCUCGUAUUGGAGGGGACUGUGUUAUGAAAUAAGAGGAAAACGGUGCUUAUCAGAUAUUUCCUUUCUUUUUUUUAAGUGAAAAUUUUAAGCCAGGCGGCCAAAACAUUUCCAGAUACAUCAACUCACUGGGGGAUCAUACAAAGGCCCAGUAAAAAAAAAUAAAAUAAAAAAUAAUAAUAAUAAUAAUCUUCAUCAUUAUAGUAAUACAUUGAAGACUACUUGGAAUAUUAAAAGACGGUUUUAAUCCCCCGCCGACUUAAGCACAGAGCUGCACAAGAUUAGGUUAUUUUAGCCCCCGUAUAGCUGAAGAGAGGGAACAAAAGAAGAUUUUUAAAUGUUAAUGUCGACCGACGUUGCAUCCAUUAUGCUGCCUGUGUCCCGGGGUCUCAUAGACCGGGAUAGAGAGCUGGACACCAUGGCCGGGGUGCAUCCCAACCCCGGUGGCGCUCCUGCAGCUGUUCGGGGCAUGAAGCGAGGAGACCCGGAGCCCGACGGACAGACAGCGGCGGCUCUGGUGGACUCGGCCGGGGCGGAGUGCAAGCGUCCCCGCAUCGACGGCUCAGGAGGAAUGGGCGAGGUUGGUCAGAACAACGAUCCUUUGACGCUCAGUUAUCACGGAUACCCGUCUCAUAGUCAGGGUUCUCAGGAUAGUGCUGGCGGUCAGGAGGGACUUGUACCCCCACCUUUCUCUGCCUUCCCACCUCCUCCACCACCGCCCCCCCAGAACGGCCUGGCCCUGGAUUACGGGGGCAGCCUGUACGCUGCAGGGGCCGUCCAGGGUCCCGUGGAAGCCGGUGGAGCAGCAAACAGCGCAGCCAACGCCGCUAACAGCCUCAGUGCCCAAUCAGAUGGGUCCUCCCAGAUUGACGGCCAGUCUGGGGUUGGCUCGGGAGGAGGGGGUGGUGGGGGGAGCGCUGGAGAUGAUUCCGAUUCCAAGGCGACCCCCAAACGCCUCCAUGUAUCUAACAUCCCCUUCCGCUUCCGAGACCCUGACCUACGGCAGAUGUUUGGGCAAUUUGGCAAAAUCCUUGAUGUGGAGAUCAUUUUUAACGAGAGAGGAUCUAAGGGCUUCGGUUUUGUUACAUUUGAGUCGAGCGCAGAUGCAGAGAGGGCCAGAGAGAAGCUUCACGGUACGCUGGUGGAAGGACGUAAAAUAGAGGUCAAUAAUGCCACAGCCAGAGUGAUGACAAACAAGAAGAUGACCACACCAUACUCAAACGGAGAGGGCCUUGCAGCACUACCAUAUGCUGGAUGGAAGUUGAGUCCUAUGGUUGGAGGCAUCUACACUCCUGAGCUCUAUACCGUACCAGGGUUUCCAUACCCAGCAGCAGCAGCAGCAGCUGCUUCAACCGCUGCAACCUUUCGAGGCGCUCAUCUCCGGGGUCGCGCUCGGCCCGUCUACAGCGCAGUCAGGGCAGCUGUCCCACAGCCAGCCAUCCCCACCUAUCCCGGUGUGAUGGCCUAUCAGGAUGGUUUUUACGGUGCAGCUGAUCUCUAUGGUGGGUAUGCAGCAUAUCGAUACGCCCAGCCAGCUGCAGUAGCAACCCCUGCGGCGGCAGCAGCUGCAGCGGCAGCUUACAGUGACAGCUAUGGACGAGUUUACACGGCAGACCCCUACCACGCUGCACUUGCCCCAGCUGCCUAUGGCGUUGGAGCCAUGGCCACGCUGUACAGGGGAGGCUACAGUAGAUUUGCUCCCUAUUAAAGACACUACAUUUCCCAGGAGCUCCUCUCUUCCAUUGAAUUACUUUGAAAGAGCUCCCCCUGUUGUCGUGGAGGUGGACUGCACCCAGUUUUAAAAUGUGGAGUCAACCACAAAGAAGAUAUUUCAGAUCCCACCCCAGAGCAGUUCCACAUUUUCUUAUAUACGCUACUACAGAAAUAGAGGAAUGCUGUAUUAAAGACUGAAGGAUGGCCUUAAUGUUAAAAAAGAAGAAAAAAAAAAAAAAGACUUAAGAUGGCCUCCUUCCCUAUUGCACGGCUGUAUUAUAGUCUCCCCUUCUUAUUCCCUCAGCACUCAGCAGCACAAGAUUUGUGACAGAGCCCAGAUGUUCUUCCAAAGGCUGCAUGUGGAUAACUGACAUUUUAAACAGCUGUCCCCCAUGUGUGUGAAAGAGCUGAGCGCUGUGUGGCCUGCACGCACUCUCCGUUGAAGGAAAAAGAGAGGGAAACGCACGAUCAAGGUGUCCACAAACCAUCAGGGCGGUAGGAAGAAAGAAGGUGUGCUGAAAGAGCACCAAGAAAACAUUCUGAACCAGAAUGACAAGUCACAAAAAUGAUAAAAAAAAAAAAAAAAAACACGCCCACGGAUGGAUUUUAUAAUUCCUCCUUGACGUGGGCGGAUAGUAAUGAGAGGAUUUCCAAACCUGCGGUGCUCUGGCAGAGGGAGACUGAAUGUGGCAGCUUGGAGAGAUGAUGUGACGGUUUAUAACGCUACAGAAAUCACGUCCGAAAGCCGAAGGAGGGAGGGUUAUUAGAGCUGUUCCUUACCUCAAGUUUUCUUAGUAUGUGGAAAUGGUAAACCUUUAAACUUAAAAUUGUUAUAUGCAAAGAAAUUAGUUUAGAGAAGAAAAAAAAAGUUACCAAAUUAUUAUUAUUAUUAUUAUUAAUAUUUGUAAUUGUAAUUAUUCUCAUUAUUACUCUUAUGAAACCAUUCUUAUGUUUGACUCAGCAGUCACUGCUGUCAUGGAUUCAACAGUGAACCUUGGAGUUAAAAUCAUAAAUAGUACAAAUAUCCAACCUGUCAACUAUAUGACACAGCUUAUAGUCACACCUGACCUGCACAGGACUUCACUACACCUUGUGCAGCCAUCACCCAACACUACAAAAAUGACAACACUACACAGAGGGAAAAAAAAAGAGAGAAAAAAGUUCCUGUUUAGUCGAGCUUACCACCAGACUAAACCCUGCGGUUUAAAUAUUUGUUGAUCCUGUAAUGUAGGGAUAUAUAUUAUUUGGAUUUUCCCCUCAUAUUCCAUCUUUUGUCGAGUGUCCAGCAAUGGAUGAGUCUUCCUGAAACAUACUUCUGUUGGUAUUGUGUUUUAAGAUGCUGCCAGCAGCAAUUACUGAGCAAGAAAGAGAUUCAGUCAGUGUGUUUGUAGUAAAUAUUUAAAUGCAAAACACAAUUGUGCAUAUUUCUAUUCCACUGUAUUCUAUAUUUCCAAAAUGUGGCUUUUUUGGGCUUUUGUUUUCGUUCCAAAGAUUUGUAGAAAGCACAUUUUUCUGCCGUAUGUAUAAAUAUAUUAUCUUUGUUAUUGUUAUUAUCAUAAUCCUAUAGCUGUUUUUAUUUACUUUCAUCUUCUGUGUUGUUCCUUCUCCUGUAAGGUGCAAGGUAAUUUUCAAGUGUUUUUAUUUUGGGAUUAAAGUUCUUCAGCUAAAAAGCAUACGUGAAUAGGAACAAACAUGUGACAUUACCAAACCUUUGUCUCCUCGGUUAACUAUUCAGUCUGGGCUGUUUUUUGUUUUCUUUAUUUUUAUUUUUAUUGAUUGAUCAUAGGAUCUACUAGCUUGACAUUUAUUAUAUUUCAAACUAUACACUUGAUAUAUUUUUUUUCUUUUUUGUGUGCUUGUCCAUGUUUUGCAAGUGACUGAGCUAUUUGGAAUGGGUGAACAUAGGCCUGUAGCACUUGAGUUAAAACCACCUUUUUUUUUUUUUUUUUUUUUUCCUUUUACAUCUUAACGAUUCCUCACAUUUCAGUGGCUAAAUCUAUCAGCUCGGCCUUUCUGGCUGCUCCGGGUUUGUUUAAAGAUAGUGUUAUCACUCAUAGAGGCACAGGUUACGAUGCCAAUAUGGGGGAAAAAACAAUGUGUCAGCGUGGGAUAUGAAGGUGUUUUAUUUUUAACCCAUUAACUAAUUUCAGUGCUAGCUUUGUUUUUUCCACUUUUUUUUUUUUUUUUUUUUAAAUGAGCUGCUGUUGGAUUUUCUCCAGUCAUUUAGCAUUGCUUUUUUAAAAAUAUAUAUCUCCAUAUUAAUGUAGAAUGUGCUCUGGACACGUGUUUUUUUUUUUUGUUUGUUUGUUUUUUCCCUUUCUUUUUUAAAAAAGAAAAAAAAAGAGGCACUAGCCAAAGAUGCUAACAGUACCGAGCAUGUUCUGGCUUGAAAUGUGCUACACAAAAUAUUCAAAGAUGGAGUUUCGGAGCUACUGAAGGCAUGGACAAACCAGCAUGAGCGAUAUUUGUCGAGUUAUUUAAAAAAAAAAAAAAAAAAAAAAAAAAAAGAAAAAGAAAAAAAAGUUUUGCAUGAAUCUUGUGUCUUUUCAUAUUUGACUCCUGAGCAGCAGAGCCCAGCUGCAUUCUUCUUUACCACUAAACUCCAUGACAGGCAGCUAGCAAACCUAAGCUAGUUAAUGCAACAAAGAGCACAGUGCUGUUUGGCAAAAAGGCCCCGUGACAAACAAAAUGGCUGCCGCACCGAUGACGCGUGGCAGCUUCAUUUUUCCUGUCCUGGUUUUCUUGCCAGUGUAUUAUAGUAAACUAUGUGGACAUCCUUCAUAGUUGCUAUGGUUUCUCAAUGAACUGUUCCUUCCCUCUGUCAUGUCUGUAUUCCCCUUGACUGCCAUUAUGUUUUUUUUGUUAUUGAAUGUCCAUAUAAAAUGUUUUAUAUAAAAAUGUUUUGUUGUGAUUGAACUUCUCA